AUGAAUGAUAAGGUGUCAACAACUGGAAUUUGGGGAAUUAGACGUUCAGGAAAAACAGCCUCAGUAGCCCAUAUUUGUCACAAGCUUUUAGAAGGAGCCAAUUGUGACAUUGAAGUUAUUUGGGUGACUGUAUCACAAAAUAUCAACAUCAACAGGUUGCAAAACAACAUAGCUGAAUCACUUAAGUUGGAUAUAUCUAAUGAGCCUCGUGAAAGAAUUGCCAGCAAAUUAUUUCAAGCGUUCAAAGAGAUGAAGAAGUGUGUUAUUGUUUUACAUAAUGCUUGGGAUCAUUUCUCUCUAACGGACAUCAGAUUUUCUAUGUUAGAUAAUCGAAUUACAUUGAUUUUGACCACUCGCUUUAGGGAAGUGUGUCAGAACAUGUACUGUGAGAAGGUAAUGAACAUAGAACAGCUAGAUGGAGAAAAUAGUUGGGCUUUAUUUGAUAAGUUUGUGGCCGAUGGCUUCGCCGCCUCUCUGAACAUGCCCUGUGAGAAGGUAAUGAACGUAGAACCGCUAGAUGGAGAAAAUAGUUGGGCUUUGUUUGAUAAGUUUGUAGCCGAUGGCUUCCCCGCCUCAUGA